CUUGAGCGUCACAUUGCUGCAACCCGGCAUUAGCCCAGCAGUAUUCGUAGGGACGGCUCAGGGGAAUAUCAUCAUUAUUUUUUUUUCAACUCAUCACUCACACUGGCAGCUUGGCACCAGACGCCCCUCUAAUGCCGGAGAUCUACACCCCACAAGUAAUCAUCUUGAGAACAGAUCAGUGGGUGUUAUCGUGUUUUCAUCUUAGAUUUGCUAUCUUGCCCCAGGGAUCUCCCCUUGCAGUCAGCGUCUAAUCUUGCCCUUCACAGCCUGCUCUCCUUCCUCUAACUCUGUCCAUUCCACUCUUCUCCAGUCUGCGAGAGGUUGUGCAGGACCCAUCUGUGAAGCCUAAACUCCAGUGCCUGAUGGUGGAUCCGGCGUUCUCCAUGGUAACCGUUCAGAGCGAGGACAGUGGUAUUGUUUGGGAGACGGCCUCUAGCCGCUGCUCUACACCUUGGGCCUCUGAGACCAGUUCCAUCUCUGACACCUACAGCAUGGAGGGAUCUGGAGCCGCAGGAAAGAUCACCAUCGUAUUUGAUGAGGAGAAAAUAGUCCGCAGGAGGACGAGGUCUGGAGGAAGGAGCAGCAGGCUGGGGGACAGGUUUAGCCGACCUGGUAGUUCAAGAUCGGCUUCAGCUCUGGGAGUGGAGAGACCUGAGAUGGCAGAGGUUUCUCUACCCAAUGUCAAACAGGAGACAGCUGAAACAGAGGAAGUCUUAGAGGAAAUCAAAAACAAAGAUCAGCAGCUGUUUAGUCUGAUUUCAGAAGGUUAUGAGAUUCUCAACAUCAGAGUCCCCUCCAAACUUCCAACUGUGGAUGAGGAGGAGAGCACAGACCUGCCGGACAAUUUGUCUUAUUUGGACCAAACUCCAAAGAUCAAGUCCCGAAAAAGUCAACUGAAUCAUGUCCUGCCAGAGGAAGGGGAAAUUCUGGAUCAACAAGAGGCCUCGGAGCAGGACUCUGCUCAGCAGUCAGCUGACACUGAACUCAGAAGCACACCCACUCAGAAAGAGACCACCAGCGACAUAGACUACUUUGAGAAGUUUACCCUGGUUGAUGUGGUUGUUCCUGGGGAACAAGCUCCAGAACUGCAGGAGCAGACAGAACAGCCUGCAGCAGAGCCCCAAGUAGAGGAGCAAAAGCCUGUUAAGGAGACGGCCAAAGACAGCCCCUCUGUAUCAGAGGACUCUUUUGUCUUUGUCACAGAUGUGGAGAUAGCUGGAGAACACCUGGAUGAGGUCUUCUACGGCGAUGGAGCUUCUGCUGAUGCAGUGCAGCAGCGAGAGGGUGAUGAGGCAGACGACGGAGCAAGGAUGAGGACGAGACGAGAGAGCCAGAGAUGUGGGAAGGAGAGUGGUUCGGUGUUGUUUGGGAGUGAAGAGACCACCCUGACGCCCAUCUUUAUCUCCUCUGGACCCCCGAAGAUCAUUGAUCCAAUCUUGCUGGAGGAGCCCACCGCCAUGUCCUUCAUGUACUCAGACCUUUAUGAGGAUGCUAUUGGCGAGAGGAGGAAGAGCGACGAGGAAUGCUCUGAGGCGGAGAGUGUGGCAUCUGAGAAGUGUUAUAAGAGGCGUUUGUCGGACUCAGAGGAGGCGGAUGGGUACCUGGAGAAGUUUACUUUGAGGGAUGAAAUUCCUGCAGUGGAGGUUGAACCAGAGCCAGUGCAGGAUAGGAGGGGGGGCAGAAUGAUGUGGUCACAGAGUAAGUUUGAAAUGACGGGAUGUCUAACAAGACUGGUCAAAGAAGAAGACGAGGACAAGACAAAGACAGAGGAACCGCGGACGCAGGAGGUCAGUGCAGGAGAUAGGACUGAAGAUUUAAAACCAGCAACAUUUGAAGAGAAAAAAGAACCAGUGGCAGAAACAGAGAGGGAGGAAGCACAACUCUCUGUGGAGCCUGAAGAGUCGACUGCCAGAGAAGCCUCAAUUCAAGUUUCAAUUCAGGAGUCUAAAGAGAGAGAGGAUCCGAUGCAGGAUCAGGAAGUGAAACAUGAGGUAAAAAGAGAGCAGACUGAGCCUCCUCAGAGCAGCGCCGACGAACCGCCUCCUAAAACCGAACUGAUGGACAGUAAAGGACAGAAAACAGAGGAGAGUGAGGCGCAUCAGACAGACGUGCCAGCUAUCAUUGUUGAAACCGAGCAGCUAUGUCAGACACAAGAAGUGGCAGAAAAAACAGAGACUGUAAAUUGUACCGAGGAGACAGCUGUGAUAGCACCUGCAAGCACAGAGGAACCUCAGACCAUCACUAAAUCUGAAAUACCACCAGAAACCGCAGAGAAGAGUGCGCUGGAGGAGGCAGCCGCUGACAAUAAGAUGGUGGCUGCUGAUGAGAAAGUAGUAACUGAGGUCACGGCAGAGGCCUCAGCUGAAGUAAAAGAGCCCGAGCCUGCAGAAGAGGAACCGCUCACCUCUGCUGAAAUAGAGACAUCGGCAGAAACGUCAAAAGAGGCAGCAGAAGUUGCUCCUGAAAACGCCACACCUGUCGAGGUCAUCACUGACUGCGAUGCUGCGGUGCACGCGGUGGUGGAGGUAACUGAAAAGGCAGUGGAUGAAAAAGAGAUCCAAACUCAAGUUCAGAUUGAUCUUCAGGAGGCGGCAAGUGUUGAGACAACAUGCAUCCAAUCAGCAGCUCCUGAAGGAAAAGACGAAGCCCUAACAGAGGAGAGCCGAGUGGCAGAGUUUCUUCCUGAGGCUGAACAGGUGUCAGAGGCUAAAACAGAGAUUUCGAGCGAGGUAACAGAACCUGUGAUGCCAGAAGUUGAACGACAUGAGAGUCUUCAGCAGAGUCAACAAGAGGCUGCAGUGACUGAGAGUGAACCAGACAAAAGGAAGCUGAUGCCUGAAGCCAAAGAUCCAUCACCCACAGAGGACACUGGCGCUGCUCUUCAGGAGGCAGCGAAUGUGGAUGAGGAGUUAAUCCUUCUUGUACCUAAAGGACAAGCUGUGGAGAUGGACAUAGAGAUCAGUACGGGGUUGGAGAAGCCCACAAUUGAAACAGUUGCUCUCUCUGAGCCAGAGUGUAUCGUAGCACCUGAAACUACCUCAGUACGCCCAGAGACUCCUCAGGCACCAAAUGAAGAAUCAGUGCCGGAGCCUCACAUAGAAGUAAAACCAGAGGUUGUUCUAAAGGAAGAGGCGCUACCUAUAAAUGAGUUAGACAGUAGGCACCCUCUGCCUGCACUUGUGGAGGAGGAGCAGGAAAUGGAAUCAGACUUUGAAAAAGAUGAGGGCAUCUUUUCCCCUCUGAGGAGUUUUACUCCCCGAGAGGAUUUGUCCACGCUGCACAGAGAGGAUGUGCAGUCACAGGCAGCCGAUGUAGAACAAAAGGAAGAAAUGCAUGAGGUUGAAGAAGCCCCAGCUACCACUGUUGUUAAAGAGGAUGUAAGUCCAGAGAUUGAACUUCACAGAGAGGAUGUAGGGCAGAGGAUGGAGGAGCAAGAUGAAGCAGCUGCAGAGGCUCCGGAGGAGACUGUUGAGGAGUCUGAUUAUGAGGUGAUAACUGAACAGGAUGCAAAAGAGAUUCCGAAACCUGAAACACAAAGAGAUGCAGAGGACCUGAAGCAUGAGUCUGGUCAGGAGGAGGAAGAGAAGAUGGAGAGGGGGAAGGAGGAGGAGGAGGAGGAGGAGGAGGAGGAGGAGGAGAAAAUCUUUGAUGUGUCCCCAGAAGAAGAGCCCAUUGAGGCUGACUAUGAAAUAAUUGAUGCAGAGGAGGAGGGUGAGGCCCGACUGGCUGCUGAGCUGGAGGGGAUGGACUGGUUCUGUCUCACCUGCAGCUGUCUGCUGUCAGAGGACGUCUGUGCGUCCGCAGAGCAUCGCAGCCACGAGGUGACCGCUGUGGACAAAGUGUAUGAGGAGAUCAAGGAGAAGCUGAGUGACUGGAUCUCAGAGCUGCAGGGGAGGUCAGAGAACAUCGAGGACCUGGUGUCUGAGCUUGAACUGGCCUACAACUCUGUAGAGGACCAGUGUGUGGAGACGGAGGCAGCCAUGCAGGUGCAGAAUGAAGAGAUGAUGGCUCUGGUGAUGGAACAGUACAACAACAUGUCUGUCAGCAUGGAAGAGGAGAAAAAGGCCAAGCUGGAGCAGCUUUAUGACCAGAUUGUGUCCUUCCAGGAGAGCAUUGACUCAGCCAAGGCCUCCCUGGAGACCACAGCCAGAGAGGCUGAGACUGACGCACGGUCACCUGAGGACAUUCUGGAAAGGCUCAGUGCAGCUCUGGACACAGCCAUGUCACUGGAGCUGGGUCCCAAGGGACUGCUGGUGUUCGAGGACUAUGCCAAGGGAAACACCUCCAGCUCUCACCUCGCGCAGCGCAAGGGGAUCCCAGUGCCUCAGAGGCCCACGCUGCAGCCUCAGGAGCCAGGCUCAGCCACCAGCGCCAGUGUCACAGUUUACUGGAAAGUCAACCCUGGUGAUAUCAUAGACUGCUUCCAGGUCUACUGCAUGGAGGAUCCACAGGGAGCUGUGUCAGAGGAGUACCGUGUCACAGUGAAGGAGAGCUACUGUGUCCUGGAGGAGCUGGAGCCUGACAAGACCUACAAGGUGUGGGUGAUGGCUGUCAACUACACCGGCUGCUCUCUGCCCAGCGAGAGACUCGACUUCAGAACUGCUCCAUCAGUACCAGUGAUUGAUACAGAGCGCUGCACUGUCAUGUGGGAUUCAGCCACGUUGCGGUGGAGCUCCGCAAAACAGGCUCCAGAACAGAGUUACACCUUGGAGUACUGCCGCCAGUACGAACUGGAGGGAGAGGGGCUGAGGUCCAUCUCAGGCAUCCAAAGCUGUGAACAGAAGGUUGUCCUGCAGCCCAGUGAGAACUACCUGUUUUACAUCAAAGCUGUGAAUGAGGCUGGAGCCAGCGAACAGAGCGAGGCUGCUCUUAUAUCCACCAAAGGCACAAGGUUCCACCUGCUGAAAGCCUCAGCUCACCCUGCUCUGGAGCUCUCAGAGGACCAGACCACCCUGCACUACUCUCUGGAUGCACCUGAAAACACACCACCUGAAGACAGACGGUGUCCAUCCAUCCUGGGUGAGUUGCUGCUGGCGCAAGGACAUCAUUACUGGGAGACCAUCGUGUCAAGAAGCACAGCUUACCGGCUUGGAGUGGCAUACAGCGCAGUCGACAGAAACAGCCCCCUGGGGGAGAACAGCCUGUCGUGGUGUUUGCAGUGUAUUCCUACUCCAUCGGGCUGCAGGUAUCAGUUGCUCCACACAGAUGUUCAAUCCAGUGUGUUUGUGAUUGAGAUGCCUGAGAGAGUGGGCACUCUACUGGAUUACCAGCUUGGUCGCCUAUCUUUCUACAACGCCCAGAGUGGUCAGUUACUGGGCACUUUCUGCCACCGCUUCACCCAGCCGUGCCACCCUGCUCUGGCACUGGACAUGCCGGGCAGCCUGGAGGUCAGCAUGGUGCUGGAGGCGCCGGAGUUUACCAAGGACAGCUAGCUCUGCUAUCUGCCUCAACAACUGUUUACAGUUCACGUUGGACAAAAAACGAUUUGACUGAUGACUAUUGAUAACCACCGAGGACUUAAAAUACAACGUGAGUACAAGCAGUUACACACUGGCUCCCAUUCAUCUAAAGACGCCCCGAUGGGAGAUUUGUGCCUUUUCAGUGAGAUCGAACUUCAUCAGUGUCGUCCCUCAUUACAAAACUAUCUUUUCUCUGAUUGCACAGGAAUUCCAUUCUGCAGUUAUUUAUUUUGGUUAAGUAAAUUAAAUUGUAAAUAUC